AUAUAUACCGUCUCAGCCGCCGCCGCGUCUGCCCUUCCCCUCACUCUCGCUGUCUCGGAUCGGAGGAGGGGACCGAUACACAUCCGAACAAUGAGCAAAUUGCAGAGUGAUGUUUUGAGGGAAGCAAUCUCCCAGGUUGUUGGUGAUUCUCGGGAGAAGAAACGAAAAUUCACUGAAACAGUUGAGUUGCAAAUUGGGCUGAAAAACUAUGAUCCUCAAAAGGACAAGCGAUUCAGUGGAUCCGUGAAACUACCUCACAUUCCACGUCCGAAAAUGAAGGUCUGCAUGCUCGGAGAUGCUCAACAUGUUGAGGAGGCAGAGAAAAUUGGCCUUGAUUAUAUGGAUGUUGAAAGUUUGAAAAAGAUGAACAAAAACAAGAAGCUGGUUAAAAAGCUUGCAAAGAAAUACCAUGCUUUCCUAGCAUCAGAGGCCAUCAUCAAACAGAUCCCUCGUCUUCUUGGCCCUGGUCUUAACAAGGCAGGGAAAUUUCCCACACUGGUUACUCACCAAGAAUCUCUAGAGGCUAAAGUUAACGAGACAAAAGCAAUGGUGAAAUUUCAACUCAAGAAAGUUCUUUGCAUGGGCGUGGCAGUGGGUAACUGUGCCAUGGAGGAGAAGCAGAUCUUUCAGAACGUUCAACUCAGCGUAAAUUUCCUCGUGUCUUUGCUGAAGAAGAAUUGGCAAAAUGUGAGAUGCUUGUACCUGAAGAGCACCAUGGGGAAGCCAUACCGAGUGUUCUAAUCGGCUGAUCGAUGAAUUGGAAAUUCUACUUUCUUUUCCAAUUUCUAGUUUUUUUGUUUAUUUUGCAGUAUUAAAGGACUGAGGUUAUCAAGUUAGGCAUGUUUGGUGCAGCCACCGAUGAGAUACUUAGCUUUUAUUGCAUCGGUGUGAGCUUCUUGUGGCGUCUGUUCUCUUCCUUUUUGCAGUUAAUUGUGACUGACCUCAGUGAUUUUAUUUA